GCAAAAAAUGGCUGGCACUUCCGGCUGUCAAAUUUUUCUUUCUUUCCCAGCCACGACGAGCAAGGGUCGACAGCAUGAGUUCUUUAAAGCUCCAAAAGAGGUUGGCAGCCUCCGUAUUACGUUGCGGCAAGAAGAAGGUUUGGUUGGAUCCCAAUGAAAUCAACGAAAUCGCCAACACAAACUCGCGUCAAAACAUACGCAAACUGAUCAAGGAUGGUCUGAUCAUUAAGAAGCCUGUGGUGGUCCACUCCCGUUAUCGUGUGCGCAAAAACACCGAAGCCCGCCGCAAGGGUCGUCACUGCGGUUUCGGUAAGCGUAAGGGUACAGCAAAUGCCCGUAUGCCCACCAAACUGCUGUGGAUGCAACGUCAGCGUGUCCUGCGUCGCCUGCUCAAGAAGUACCGCGACAGCAAGAAGAUUGAUCGUCAUCUCUACCACGAUCUGUACAUGAAGUGCAAGGGUAAUGUGUUCAAGAACAAGCGUGUUCUGAUGGAAUACAUCCACAAGAAGAAGGCCGAGAAGCAGCGCAGCAAGAUGCUCGCUGACCAGGCUGAGGCCAGGCGGCAAAAGGUGCGCGAGGCACGCAAACGCCGUGAGGAGCGUAUUGCCACCAAGAAACAGGAGCUGAUCGCUCAGCACGCCAAGGAGGAUGAGAUCGCUGCCAAGGCUGCCACCGCGGGUCAUUAGGAAGUCGUGCUUUCUAUUAAUUGAUAUAGUAAUUUGUUUAUCAACCGGAAAACUAUUAAAUAAAAGACCUUUUAGUUUGGCCGAAACGAUUUUGUACAAACGUGGAAAAGAUCCCAAA